CUCGACUCGUCACCUACAAUCAACCACGCGACAGCGAUUUCCAAUUCACAACCACCACAAAUCUCACCCGGGCAUGGUUGAAAAGUUCUCCAUCUCCAUCGCCCAUGAGACCCGGCCCCGUCUGAAGUAGGAUGUCGCUGCGGUAGCUCCGUGCCGCCGCCGAUCAGCAUGCCGCCCGCGCAGCACCCGAUCGUCGGGCUGGCCUUUGUCCUCUUUCUCAUCUGGCUGAUAUUUCCCGACGGCGAGUACCAGAACGGAUCUCUCGCACUUUCCGACCUAGCCGCCGAGAGGCUCUCGAGGUUCCACGAUGCCCUUGAUAUCUUGAACACCUCCCGCUGGGGUGAUUUCACGCCAGUACCACUUGCGAGCGAGGAUGACGAAGCCACGCCCUCGUAUCUUAACCUCUCCGGAUUCCGAGCCGAGGAUAACUUUGCGUGGGAGGACCUGGAACGGUUCCGUGAGAGGAGCCUGGAGUUUAGUCGACAUGCCAUACCACCGGUGGCAGGGCAGGACUUGUGGGAUAUUGGCCAAGGCGAGGCAGUCUGGAUGAACGCAUCCGGGACGGUCCACGGCGAAUGGAUUCGACGGGAGGGCUCUGUCCCCAGGGGAUACGACAGCUACAACCUCACCCACAACGCCACUGGCAUGGAUUGGAUAGGAGACAAGGCUGACUGGGCCCGCAACAUAACAGGAAAGUCGGGGAGGAUGAUGCUACGAAUCGAUGGGAACAAGACGGUGUCGGAGUACGAGCAGCUGGCCGAGGAUAGCACGCCGGUCUCUGGGGGUCUGAUACGCAGCGUCAAGGGUACUACGACCAUUGAAGAUACCGAUGGCUCUGGUCACAACUGGGAGAUGAGGCUUUGGGGCGUCCACUGGCCGCAUCAGGGCGUCAUCCUCAUGACAACCACGAGCGAGAAGUUCGAGGGCAUCUUUGGUCUUCCGCACCUGACUCCAAGUGAGGACUUCUUUCAGUCGAGCCAGAGACUCUUGAAUCAGUCCCUGGCCCGCACAAUUGCCAGGAAGGAGGAAAAUAUCUACAUCGACCAAACCAUGCCCUGGACUUCGGAUCUCGAGAACCCCAUGUACACGACCAAUCCCUCGCCGCACUGCGAGUACAUCAUGUAUGCGCAAGUCCACCCACCGGGCCAACAGAUCCUUAACAUUGAUAUGGAUGACAUCUCGAGGGACACGAUGGAAAAUAUCAUUGGCGCCAUCGAAUCUGAGCUGCAAUCCCCCCAGGGUGCUCCCAUCCCAAAGGUGCCAAAGUUGCAGAUGUCAGUGGUCAUCUACUCCCCCGACUGCGCAUUCUUCCUCGAGUCCAAGGGGCCGCCCGACUUUAGCCCGAGCGAGGCUCACCACCUCAUGGGGAUGAAGACUGAAGUUCAUGUGUAUCAAAUCAAGACCUGGAUCCUGGUCUACGCCGUGGUGGUUUUUGCGCAGGUCAAUCUGCUCAAGAACCAGAUCAAGGAGUCUUGUACGCCGUCAACCAUGGGCCGCGUUAGCUUCUGGACGACCGCCAUCAUGGUCAUGGUCGACGGCAUGACGUUUACCGCCGCGGCGACGUGGGUGUCCUCUGCGGCAGCCACAUUUCUGCCGACACUGGCUCUCCUCUUCUCUGCGUUCCUGUCCAUGACCAUUGGUGGCAGCUUCUUGGCCAAGAUAUGGGAGGUCCAGCUCCCUGAAACGCGCCCACGACGUGACCGCGACCGAACACCAGGUAACUCGAGCAGCACCUCCAGCAGCGCGACAUCAUCCGCCGUAUUAACCCCCAAUCCUACGGGCUCCGGUCCGCUUCUCCCGGCCCCGGUGACCGCAGGCCGGCCGCCGAGACCUCCGUCUCCGCCCAUUAUCAUUCCGUCCGAUCAAGAUGUCGAUGCUGAAAUCGCCGACAGUGCGGCCGCUGUUCCUAAUACCACUACAGCGCAGCGUACCGCCCCGCCGCCGCAGUCAUUCCAAACCAUCGUUGGUCGACUCAUACUCUUCUCCCUGUGUGUCAUAUUCCUCGCCAUCUCCUCCACUACUUGGUAUCCGAGUGUCCGCUGCCUCUUUCUCAACGGUUGUACUCUCGCCUAUCUCUCCUUAUGGAUACCGCAGAUCUACCGCAAUAUCAUCCGCAACUGCCGCCGCGCCCUAGGGUGGCCCUUUGUGCUGGGUCAAUCCGUUUUGCGUCUGCUCCCCGUUGCCUACUUUUGGAUUAAGGAGGACAACUUCCUCUACGCCCAGCCUGACCGCCGCGCUUUUACUAUUUUCUGCAUCUGGGUCUGGCUCCAACUAAUUGUUCUUGCUGCCCAGGAUAUUGUCGGCCCACGCUUCGGCAUACCUGUCGGUUGGACCCCUGAGGCCUGGGACUAUCACCCUGUCCUUCGUGAGGAUGGCCUUGAGGCUGGCGGGCUGCCUAUCGGUCUGGUCUCUGAUGAUAAUCCAGACCCCGACCAUGGCACUGCAUCCUCGGCAUCCCAAGCGGAUGACGACCAAGCUGGGAAGCGUAGCUCCACCCGCACUAUGGACUGCGCAAUCUGCCGCGAGGUUCUCGAGGUGCCGGUCAUCUCAGCUGGUGACGAGGACUCAGGCGUAGCAGGCGUCUUUGCGCGCCGCUUAUACAUGGUCACGCCGUGCCGACACAUCUUCCACAGCGCAUGUCUAGAGGGAUGGAUGAGGUUCAGGCUGCAGUGUCCGAUUUGUCGAGAGGAGCUGCCGCCGCUGUGACGAUGAAACUUGUGUGAUGGGUUGUAUGAUUAGAUAUGGAUAGACCUGUUUCGAGGGCAUCUUGGCGUUGAAGGAAUGUUUUGUAUCUUGGACGAUAAAAGUCAUGAACAUUUGAUUGGUACUUGUAUGCAUGCG